AUGGCGGCGGCGGCGAGAACAAGUAAGGGCAGGCAAAGGGUUGAGAUGGUGAAGAUGACAAACGAGAACAACCUUCAAGUCACGUUCUCGAAGCGCCGCGCCGGACUUUUCAAGAAAGCCAGCGAGCUUUCCACCCUUUGCGGCGUCGAGGUCGCCAUUGUCGUUUUCUCGCCGGGAAAGAAGGUUUUUUCCUUCGGCCACCCGAGCGUGGAGGCGGUGGUGGAGAAGUUUCUCGGCGGCGACAACAGCAAUCCGGUGGGUAACGAGGCCGGCGGGGUGGCGUCGCCGACGGAGCAGCUGAUUGAGGCUCACCGGAGUGCGAGACUCCGGGAGCUCAGUAUGGAGCUGGCGCGCCUGGAGGCGAUGAUGGAGUCGGAGAAGAAGAGGGGCGAGGCCAUUGAUGAAGCUGUGGCGGCGAACCGUGAAGCUCAGGGAUGGAUUCGAGCUUCUCCCGAUGAACUCAACUUGCAGCAGCUUCAAGCUCUGAAGAAUGGCAUGGAGAAUCUGAUGGUGGAAACUCACCGGAAAGCUCAGCAGGUUAUGGUGGCGAUGCAUGGAAAUAAUGGGUUCCCUUUUAACCCAUAUGGUGCAAUUAUUAGGGGGGGCUCAACUUCUGCACUUGGUGGUGUCGCCGCCGGAGCGCUUCCUUUGAAUGGUGGUGUCGCCGCCGGAGCUCAUCCCUUUACUAGUGGCGGCGCCGCCGGAGCUUCAUCAAGUAGCUACAAUGUAUUCACUGCAAGGGGGGAUGCAAGCACCAGUGAGGGCGCUAAUCUUGGAAUUAGCCGCCAAUUUUUCUAA